GGGCGGCCGCGGGACAUGACGGGGGGCGGCCCGGCGGCGGGCGCGGGCGUGGACCCCGACCCCGCCUCCGCGCGGCCGCCCUGCCGGCUGGCCAAGCUGCUGUCCGCCCUCUUUUACGGGACCUGCUCCUUCCUCCUCGUGCUGGUCAACAAGGCGCUGCUGACCACCUACCGUUUCCCAUCUCCAAUUGUCCUUGGAAUUGGACAGAUGGCAGUCACCAUAAUGAUCCUGUAUGUGUCCAAGCUAAAUAAAAUAAUUCACUUCCCUGAUUUUGACAAGAAAAUUCCUAUAAAGCUGUUUCCUCUGCCUCUCCUCUAUGUUGGAAACCACAUAAGUGGAUUAUCAAGCACAAGUAAAUUAAGCCUGCCGAUGUUCACUGUGCUCAGGAAAUUUACCAUUCCACUCACUCUGCUCCUGGAAACCAUCAUACUCGGGAAACAGUAUUCUUUGAACGUUAUCAUCAGUGUCUUUGCCAUCAUUCUUGGUGCUUUCAUAGCAGCUGGCUCUGACCUUGCUUUUAACUUGGAAGGCUAUAUUUUUGUAUUCCUGAAUGAUAUCUUCACAGCAGCGAACGGAGUUUAUACCAAGCAGAAAAUGGACCCAAAGGAGUUAGGUAAAUAUGGAGUGCUUUUCUACAACGCCUGCUUCAUGAUUAUCCCAACUCUCAUCAUCAGCGUGUCCACUGGAGACCUUCAACAGGCUGCUGAAUUCAACCAAUGGAGUGACGUUCUAUUUAUCAUACAGUUUCUUCUUUCCUGUUUUUUGGGGUUUCUGCUGAUGUACGCCACAGUUCUGUGCAGCUACUACAAUUCGCCCCUGACGACAGCAGUGGUUGGAGCCAUCAAGAAUGUGUCCGUCGCCUACAUUGGGAUGUUAGUUGGUGGAGACUACAUUUUCUCGGUGUUAAACUUCAUCGGGUUAAAUAUUUGCAUGGCAGGGGGCUUGGGAUAUUCCUUUUUAACUUUAAGCAGCCAGUUAAAACCUAAACCAACUGUGGACGAAGAAAACAUCCCUCAAGACUGCCAGGCCUAGAAUGCGGGGCAGAGCUGCAGACUGGCUCGCAGACCAGGGGGACGGCGGUCCAUUCCCAGAUGGAGGAAUGUGAAGCCGGAUGUGUUGCUUGUGGUCCACUCACCGCCCUGGUUAAGGUACAACAGGAGUGUCUGCAAAAUGCAAAGAGAAUCUACCUCACCUGCUGCACCAGGAGCCAUCGUCCGCCCUGGGAAAUGUAUCUGGACAAAGCCUCACCAGCUGAACAUGCAUCUUCUCAAAAUAAGCCAUUGGUGAAAGGGAUUGUUUCCAAGGCACUCACGUGUCCUGCGAGUGCUUCAGAGGAGGUGCAAGGCUGUGAUGCUGUAAGGGUGAUUGUUUUCUCAUCAGCGCCUUGGCCUUAAUUUCGAAGGUCCCCGCCAAAGCAAAGGGCCAGUGAGAACAUUUAUUUUUCAGUGAAACAGACAUGUCUUUAUUUUACUAAAAUCAGCCAAUGAACUGCCAGGAAAGUUACUUGUUAGCUUUGAUUUGAUCUUCCAAUGUUGCUACCCUUUCCCAAUCAUCAAAGUAAAAUAAAGAAUAAUUUAUA